GGGCAAUUUUCACGGCCAUGCCAUUCCUGGCACCUUGAUGAUACUCUUGGGCCUCUUCUACUUCCUCCGAUCCUUGAAGGUAUCCUACUGCCGUGGCCUUCCUUUGAGGCUCUCAGCUUUGCCUUCUACGGUGGGCUGGGGGCGAUCGCCGAGUUUCUCGAUGCUCUCAUCCCUAAUGCGAAUUUCUCCGAGUCGCAUCUGGACCACAUCCACGUCACGUCCGCCCUGUGCGUGGUGGGCAUCAUCGAGCUGCUGCAUCUCUACAAAGUCCUCGACAACCCUGCUUGGGGCUUGGUGAUGCCUGGCGGCCUCGUCUUCGUGGCCACUCUCUUCACGGCUCAUCCUCAAGCGUAUGACCUGGAGUCUUUCGCGCACGCGUUCACUGCCUUCCUGUUCUGGGUCACCGCUAUCAGUCGCGCCCUCGAAAUCUUCGCAGGUACAGAGAAGGAAGCCUGCAAUUCGUAA